AUGUCAUCCGAAACAACAACCAGCAACUGGCAAGACCUCGUCGCCGCCAAACGCCAUGAAUGCGAGCAGAAGAUCCCCCGGGACUGGCUUCUAAGCGCAGACCAGCUGGCGCUGGUGCAGGAAACCCCGUGUCUACUGGACAUUGAUAUCCCGCGUCGCAGUGGUCUGCUCUCCGAGGUCGAAUUGGAUCUGACGGAAAACUAUACCGCAAGUCAGCUAUUGGUCAAACUGGCGUCUGGACAGGCAAGCUCGUUGGCUGUUACAACGGCGUUUUGUAAGAGGGCUGCUAUUGCGCAGCAGAUUCUCUCAUGUCUCACGGAGACAUUCUUCCCCCAGGCACUGGAGCGUGCUAAAUAUCUAGAUGAUUAUCUCCAGAAGGAGGGAAAGCCUAUUGGCCCCCUACAUGGGCUACCGAUCAGCAUAAAAGACAGUUUCUGUGUCGAGGGCUUCCAGUCAACAAUUGGAUAUGUCGAAUUCCUUAAGAACGAACCCCAGAAGACAAACUCAGCGCUAGUGAAUAUGCUGCUGCAGCUUGGCGCGGUUUUAUAUGUCAAGACCAACAUCCCACAGACGAUGAUGACAGCAGACUCGGAGAACAACAUCUUCGGCCGCACCCUCAAUCCACACAAGACAACCCUAACAGCCGGCGGAUCCAGCGGCGGCGAGGGCGCACUAGUAGCAUUCCGGGGAUCGGUUUUAGGCGUGGGGACCGACGUCGCUGGCUCAAUUCGCAUCCCUGCGCUAUGCUGCGGCGUAUACGGCUUCAAGCCAACAAACGACCGCAUCCCCUUCGGCGGACAGGUCUCCGGCGCGGUAAAGGGUAUUCCCGGGCUUGUUCCAGCUGCUGGUCCGCUGGCACAUAGUAUCGCCGAUCUCAAGCUACUGAUGAGUUCCGUUGUCGCCGACGGUCAGGCGUGGAAGUAUGAUUCUGCUGCCGUCGGGGUCCCAUGGCAAACCAUCCCGCCUGGUCUCAACGCCAGUGGAAGCUUGACUAUCGGCGUGCUUGCUGAGGAUGAACAUUUCCCGCUGCACCCGCCUGUAAAGCGGGCUCUAGACCGGGCGGUUGAGGCGUUGACACGUGCAGGACAUCGUAUCGUUCGACUUGCUGGUGAUGAUGAAGCACGGAAUUUGGCAUAUGCAUCGCGUCUUGCGUUUCAGUAUUUUACCUAUAGCCCACGCAGGGAUCUUAUUGCGCCCAGUGGCGAGCCUGUUGUGACUUCGGUUGCUAAGGCUUCGGCACCGUUGUUCUCUGGCCCUCUCCCUGUUCAGCAAGGUCUAGAUACGUUUGAGACUAUCAAGACAUUGUAUGAUGCUCGCCAGAGGGUUCAUGAUGCUUGGAGGCAGACAUGGGUUGAUCAGAAGCUUGAUGUGAUUCUGGCUCCUGGAGCUCAGAAUACAGCUGUGGCCCAUGAUACAUAUGGGUGGCCUCCUUAUACGGUCAUAUGGAACGUAUUGGAUUAUCCCGCUUGCAUCAUUCCAUUUGGAAAAGCGUCCAAGGAACUUGAUCCCGAGGUUAUGACAACAGCCGAUACUACGCAGCCGGACUACCACCCCGAUGAGGUAGAUGGCGCCCCAUGUGCUAUCCAAGUCAUCACGCCACGCUUCCAAGAUGAGAAGUGCCUGUGGGCGGCGGAUAUCAUUGACCAGGCAUUAGCUCUUUAUGGCAAGGAAUAA